AGUUUGGCUGGAAAUAGGAUACUGUUCUUUUUUUUUUUUUUCUUUUCUUUUCUAUAGUCCGAGUAGGAGGAACCCCCAUUCCCCUCUUUAAAACAAUCAAUGGGAAAAGCCAUGAACAAGUCGCUCUGACCAUCGUGUAAGAUCAGUCACCUUUCUUGGAUCCUCUGCUCUCUUGACGCUGUAGCCGCUGUCGGCUUUUGCACUUUCUCUUAGCACUACUGGACGGGCGCGGUCCCAUUCAAUACCAACCCACGGGACCUAACUUGCAAUAGCUUUCCCUAUGGCGAAUUACGUUUUCAAAAGAUAUGCCGUCUUUCUUUUUGGGCUUGUGUGAAGUGGGAUCUUUGAGUGGCUUAUUGUCGUCUUAAAUUUCGGUUUCGUCCUUGAGUGAACCCGCACGUGUGAAGUCCAGCUAUUCAAUUCUUCUCAUCGGGUUUCUUACCAUUCUUCAAUUCAUCUUUCCCUGCUCGAUAAUUACCAGCCGAAGGAAGGCCAGAAAGAAGAAGAUUACGAAAAUAGUGCAAGGUGUUGCUUGAUAGUCAUGGCAUCCGAAAGUUCCCCAGAAGGGGAGCAUUGUCUCUCCUUUGCAAAGAUCGCUGCUAUGGCCUCACAGUCGAGAUCGGAAGUUAACGUGGCAUUUGAUGAGAAGAAUGGUUCACAGUCUGCCAGAGAGCCUGCAUGCUCAGAAUCCCAGGAGUCAAAACACGUCCUGCCGAGCCAAGUGAUCUCGAAUAAGGAUGAUGAGGUCAACGCCGUUGAUCGAAGUUUCGAUAACCUCCCGCGCACAUUACAAGAUGUUCAUAUUACAGAGAGGAAGGGCCAAGAGAGUCCCGACCCCCCGGCCGAAGUUCAACAAAACGGGUCUCUGAAACGGGAGACAUCUUUCGAAGACGACCGUACACACCUAUCCAACUCCUCAACCAAACCGACAAGUUUCGACUCAAAGAGUAUGGCCUCGGUUACUACCUUCGCGAUGGACGAGAAAGAUUCAUUACGCCCUGAUGAUAGUGCCAGUGUCCAGGCUGUUGACGAAGAUGAAUCCCUUUCCGGAAUAGCGUCUGGUGCACCGAACUCGUUGACUGGGUCUGAAUCCGGUGCCCGGGGGUUCAGGGAUAUACAGAGGGCCCGUGCAGUACUGCAAACCACCGGCCCUCUAUUCACAGACGGUAGCCAGCGGCCAAACGGCGCUAUGCUCCCUGACUCUGUUUCCAACAAUUUUGUUAUCGCCAACCAGGAAGUUUUUCGGAGUGGGCAGUCCAUAUCAAUGCAUCCAUUUCCAAUGGAACCGGAUGAGAAACUUCUCGAGGCAAUGAAGUCCCCGAAAGAUCGUCUUUUGAUUCUGCAACUAGAGGAAAAAGUCAGACAUUUUAUUCAACAUUCUAAGGAGCAAUCCCUAGAACUGCCACCUUCCAAUGCAUUUGGGCGCCUGCUUGCCCAUAAAUUAGGCGAUUAUUACCAUCUAACUCACUUCGUGGACAACAACGUCACAUCAGUUCGACUUCAUCGAACUCCGUUCACUCGGCUGCCCACGCCUCUCUCUGCUAUACACACCGCAACAAACAACACCCCACCGCCUGCUAUGCCUGCCAUGAAAAUCAUGCGUCGUACCGACAGCGAGCGGCCUUCUACCGAAGGAAGUGCAGCGGCGAGCUCUGCAUUUGCUUCAAAAACUGGGUCAGAAGCUGGUGAUAGUGCAAAUGACGGAGAGCGUGGCGGCUCUUCAGCAGGAGCUACCCCUGCCAAGGACCGGUUAACGCUCACCAGGGAAGAACGUGAGGCCAAGUAUCAGGAAGCUCGGGAACGGAUUUUCCGCGAUUUUCCAGAGGCAAAGCCUUCCGAUGGCGCAAAUGGCGAUCAAGGUACCAACAUGUCCCGCUCGAGUUCGACCAACGGGCGUAAAAAAGCACAAAGGCAAAAGACGCCACAUGAUGACAGCUUUGAAGUCAGGUCUCAAUUCAAUGUCUAUUACCCUGGGGUUCACUAUCCGCAUGGUCCUGGGCCCUAUAAUGUGGCCACCAAUGACUCCUCGUUCGCCGGCCAGCCAUGUAUGGUGGGACCUGGUGUGAACCCACCGGGCAUGGGUUAUGCUCAUAAUGGCCAAAAUGGGGCCAUGUACCCUAGCCAUAUGAACAUGGGCUCCAUGCCUCAUUAUUCAAUGCCCGUGUCUCCUCAGAUGACCCCAAGUGGCCCGUGGCAGAACGGAGCUGUACCUCAGCAAUCUCCGUACUCUGGAUAUGCCUCUAUCAAUCAGUCACCGGCUAUGCCAUCCACGAAAUCCUCACCUGCAUUGAACAGCUAUCCUGUGCCCAACGCUGUACAAUUUCAGCACACUCCGGGAUGGUCCUCACCGCCAUAUCACGGGGGCUACCAGCAAUCUACGCACCGGAACCAACCACCGAUGCCAUGGACAAAUUACCCGUCUCAACCAGUCACCCCUACAUCCUACCCCUAUGGUCAAUAUCCUGGGCAACCCAUGAACACAGGCAAUGUAGGUGUUCAUCCGUUACCGGGAAACUUCAAUCGGUCCCCAUUCAACCCUCAGACACGUUCUUUUGUUCCUGGCAGUACGUCCUUGGGACGGCACCCAAGCAAGAGUGGUCAGCAUGGUAUGAAUUCAUACCCUACCAUGCAAGCUGGUGUUCAGCCUCAGUGGGCUGGGUAUCAAGAAGCUAGUAAAAGUUUAGAGGCAACAGCGCCCGUGGCGACCAAUGCUCCUCGCGGGCCACCUGCGGGUGGUAGAGACUCUAUUGCGAAAUGGGGGACGCCGUCCCACCUUCCCCCUAAACCACCGCCAUCUGAAGUACCAUCUGAGUUUGAUAUGAAACAUCGGGCCGGGCCCACGACUGCUCUCCCUUACUCUGGAAACCCCCAUCCGAAUAAUAAGAACGGCCCGCUCGUCGUGUCGGGAGGAGCAAGAGGCAACUAGUUGGCCCGUUCAUGGCAUUUGAUCAUGUAUGACUCUUUUAGCCUACAUGCUAGAGACACG